AUGGACGUGUCACAUAGGGUAAAUGUAGCUUGGAUGAGGUGGAGGGUGCUCUCGGGGGUGCUCUGUGACCGCCGUGUGCCGAUAAAGACCAAAGGCAAAGUCUACAAAACAGCUGUGAGACCUGCUAUGGCGUAUGGUGCAGAAUUCUGGAUGAUCAAACAGGCGCAUAAACAAAAACUCCAUGUCAAUGAGAUGAAGAUGUUGAGGUGGGCGGCCGGUGUGACGAGACUCGAUAAAGUACGUAACGAAUACAUCAGAGGAAGCUACAAGGUCGCCCCCAUCACCGACAAGAUUCAAGAAUCCCGAUUGAGAUGGUACGGACAUAUCAUGAGACGCGACGAAGACUAUGUUGUGAGGAAAGCCCUUGCACUACCAGAUAAUAAGAGAGGCAGAGGCCGCCCGCCUGCUACGUGGUGGUCCACCAUAUCAAUGGAUUUGGAACAGAGCCAGUUGAACAAAGAGACAACCCAGGAUCGACCGACCUGGCGCUUAAGAACGAGGAGGGCCACGGGCACGGAAAGAAGAAGGUUAUAUAAUUUAUUACAUUAA